GUAAAUAAUGCUCAAAGAGUCCUUCUCACUGAUGCUGCUGUGACCUUCCUCAGGCUAUACGUAUUCGACGAGGGUUUCUAGCAGCUAAACGAUAAAAUCCUGCAGACCAUUCCGGAGUUGCCCGGGCCAGAGUUCUGCUGCAGCUACAUACUAACCGACACUCUUUUAUAAGACUCGAAUGUAGCUCCACGCAAUGAGCCCCGGGCGGGCCAGUCACACUUCAAAUUAACGUAUUCAAUUCGAAGCCUUGUAUUGUUCGCCUCCGUGAUACAGGCCACCAUAUAAAACGGCCAAGGAUGCCAUCAAGAACUUCAGAAGAUGACUCAUUCCAGAUCGCUUUCAUCUUUUUUUGCUCUGCCGGUGCUUGCCUUCUUCUCGCUGUCAGCUAGUGCGUUGCCUCAUCUUCGGACAGCGUCAAGCACGGCUACUCUCAAGCUUGCCAUCAGAAUAAACUCAUAUGGCAUUAGGAAUAUUGCGGCUGCAGAUCGAGCUCGAGUCCAAGUUCUACAAGCUGGCGGCAGCUCUUCCGUCAGUGCAACCAAUGCUGUGAUGAUGUACACCGCUGACGUUGGUGUGGGGAGUCCAGCAACGUACUACACACUCCUGGUAGACACCGGGAGCUCAAAUACCUGGAUUGGGGCUAACAAAGCUUAUGAGAAGACUGCCACGAGCAAGGACACGGGCAAUCACUUCUCUGUUUCAUAUGGCGAAGGACUGGAUGGCAGUUACGUUUCUGGAGAAGAAUACACAGAUACCGUAACGCUCAACUCUGAUCUGGUCAUCGACAACCAAUCUAUUGGUGUCGCAUAUGAAUACUCAGAUAUGGGCAGUCUGGAUGGAUUUCUUGGCGUGGGACCAGUUGAUUUAACGCAGGGCACCGUCAGAAAUACAAACGAUGUUGCUACUGUGACGGACAACCUCUAUAAGCAGGGAACAAUUAGUUCGGAAGUACUCGGAGUGUUCUUCGCACCUAUUUCUUCUGAUAAUACCGGUGGCGAGCUCACAUUCGGCGGUUAUGACGCCUCCAAAAUUACUGGAGACGUCAGUUAUGUGCCGAUCACAUCAACAUCUCCAGCAAGUGCAUACUGGGGCACUGAUCAAUCCAUCAGUUAUGGGUCUACGACUAUCUUGGAUGAGACUGCUGGCAUCGUCGAUACCGGAACCACCCUGAUUCUCAUUGCUUCUGAUGCCUUCGACAAAUAUCAGUCUGCGACCGGGGGGACCCUCGAUGAGGCCACUGGCUUGAUACAGAUCUCAUCUGGCCAGUACCAGCAACUCUCAUCCUUGUAUUUCACCACUGGUGGGGUUACUUAUGAGCUCACGCCGAAUGCACAAAUCUGGCCUCGAUCGUUGAAUAGCUACAUUGGUGGUACCACCGACGGCAUAUACCUGAUCGUCAGUAGCACUGGAAGUUCCAGUGGUUCUGGUUUGGAUUUUAUAAAUGGCUACUGUUUCCUCGAGCGGUUUUACUCUGUGUACGACACGACAAAUUCCCGAGUCGGAUUCGCCACCACUGAGUACACCUAUGCUACGACAAAUUAG